AUGUGGCUUCACUUCUUGGUUCCCCUAAUCCUUCUGACGACGUGGACAGUCACCUGCCACGUCAUCGAUGAAACCGCAGGGAAAAUGGCUGAUUAUAGUGGAUAUACCCUCCACCGCUUCCAAGUCGACACCACAUCGAAUACUAUGGAGAAGUUGGAGAGUUAUGAUAUGGAAUUGGAUCAGACCACCCAAACCGCACGUCUACUAAUCGAUAUCUGGGCGGAGCCAUCGAAACAGAAUCCUCACGCCGAUGUCUUGGUUGCUCCAGAAUUCCUCCAAAAAUUCAAGUCAUUGCUCACCGGCGCCGAGCUUUCCACUCUCAAAAUGAUCGAGGGAGACAUUCAAAGCCAAAUAAACGCCGAACGUCGAGCGAUGAUUCACAACUCGGUGCGACGACGACGUAAGCGAGCAUUGAGGUCUUGGCACGAGUUCGAUACCAACGCCUACCAUUCUUACGAUGAGAUGGUCGAAUUCAUGAGAUUACUGUCGGAACAGAAGCCGGAUAUGGUGGAGAUGGUAAAGGUUGCCACGUCAUCAGAAGGAAGAUCGAUUUAUGGAGUGAAGAUCCACCCUCCCGGCAUCUCGCCACCCGAAAAACCGUCAAUAAUCGUUGACGCGGGUGUGCACGCGCGUGAAUGGAUCGCACCCGCAGUCGGGCUCUUCAUGAUCAAAAAAAUAGUGUCGGAGUACGGUAAAACCGCCGAGGUGACAGCGAAUCUUCAGAAAUUCGAUUGGUACAUCAUGCCACAAGUGAAUCCAGACGGUUACGAGUACAGUAGGACGAAUGACCGUCUCUGGCGUAAAACUCGCAGCAAGAAUGUGACGGUGAAUCGAUGGUGUGUUGGAGCCGAUGCGAAUCGCAAUUGGGGAUAUCGAUGGGGCGAAGCUGGAGCCAAUCGUACACCCUGUUCGAACAUCUACAUGGGAAGUCAUCCAUAUUCGGAGCCAGAGAUUAAAGGUCUAAAAGAGUUUUUCACGUGGCAAAUCACGAAUCCGAUGGUCUACAUCUCGCUCCACUCAUACGGUCAACUCCUCCUCUCCCCGUGGGGAUACACUAAUGAGAGAACGGAAAAUUAUCAAGAUCAGCAAAACGCCGCGAAGGAGGCCGCGUUGGCUAUCAAGAACACCACUGGAGUCUCUUAUAGCUAUGGCACAAUUUCUGAGAUGAUGUACCCCGCCUCCGGCACCAGCAUCGACUUCAUGCAACACCGCGGUGUCCCUUAUAUCUAUGGUGUGGAACUACGCCCCACUGAUAAUCCGAACAGUUUCGCGUUCAACUUGCCACCAUCGUAUAUUCGAGCGACAGGCGAUGAAAUGAUGGCUGCCCUGAAUGCUAUUGGAACUCAUGCCGUGAAAAUUAAACGUCUGUAA